GACUCGUCUCCCGGCAUCACCAUUCGUCCACUGCACGUUCCUGGUGCGUUGUUCCUUUACGAGACGGUAUCCUUUCGUCCUUAGCGGGCCAACCCCCCUCAAUGCGGCCGCCGGGUGCACAGACCAAUCACCGGAUUUAAAUACAGCCCACGCCCUGCGUCUCUGUCACAUGCUUCUGCUCCCGCCGUGAUAAUUCCUGUCUUUCUUUCCUCCUGAAUUCUUUCCCCUCUCAGCUCAGUAGUAGCAAUUAUGGAUCGAGGCCUCUCAACAGGCACUCAUUUUGGGGACGAUGGACUUCGAGAGAGGAAUCCGCCCUCUCAGUCUGAGUCAAUACUCAGUUCCGAGGCACUCACUGCCGCGGGUGAGGUCGAAGCCAAGGACAGUGCCAACAACGACAAGAAAACAUUUGGCCGGACCCCCGAUGGCACAGUGUUCACGGUCCCCCAAACCCACGACAUGGUCUCUCAACUCCUGUCGCCCUCGGAACCAAAGAAUCUGUCCGAUUUGACGGUUCUGGCCAUACUCGGGGCACACAUCUGGUUGCUGUGGUGGCUCCCUGUAGGUGCCAAAAUACCGGUGUUCGCAGUCAUCUACCUCUUUUGGCGCGCAGCCUACAAUGCUGGAAUAGGAUGGCUGCUUCACAACCAAUCCCACAACAAAACUCUUGUUCGCUGGGCGGAGAAGACAGGGAUCUUCGUGGACCCUGCCACCAACAAGAACCCGCACCCUCAUCUUUAUAAACUGAUCAAGAGGGAAUUGGAGACUAAAAUCCCCGCAGAUUAUUCGUUCGAAGAGGCCCCUCUGGAGUACAACACCUGGCUUGUCUUCAGGCGCCUGGUGGAUCUGAUCUUGAUGUGCGACUUCACAUCAUAUUGCCUCUUUGCGAUAGCAUGUAGUCACCAUCCGGUGGGCGAGAGCAUGCUGAUGACGACAUUGCGUUGGUCGGCCGGUAUUGUGCUGGUGCUGUUCAACCUCUGGGUCAAGCUAGACGCGCAUAGAGUGGUGAAAGACUAUGCGUGGUACUGGGGAGAUUUCUUCUACCUCAUUGACCAGGAGUUGACGUUUGAUGGCGUCUUCGAAAUGGCUCCCCACCCUAUGUAUUCGGUCGGCUACGCUGGCUACUACGGUAUUUCUUUGAUGGCCGCCAGUUACAAGGUGCUAUUCAUCUCGAUCAUCGCCCAUGCAGCUCAAUUCGCCUUUCUGGUCCUUGUCGAAAACCCGCAUAUCGACAAGACGUACAAUCCUCCGCCACCGCGCAAGCGUAUGGCGGACCAAGAAUCUGUAUCUGCAUCGUCUCAGGCCGCGGAGCCCUCCGUUGCGUCAGCAUCGGUCGAUUAUCAAUUGCCACAAGCGCCAACGUACCCAAGCAACCCACCUCCGUCGGUCCACGACCUACUGGGGUUCAACAACCUGGAUCUGUAUCGGACAACCGACACGUCCUCGAUGCUGGUCCAGUUUCUCGUAUUCGCCCUUACUAUAUUGACACCAUCAACGCCAUGGUACCAGUUCUUCUUUGUGGCCAAUGCGACAGUAUGGAGACUUUGGUACUCGGUCGGUAUCGCGUAUCUGCUGGACCGUCAGUCCGACUGUAAAGCCUGGACCCGACAUUUCCUCAAGUAUGGCGAGACACCCAAUGAGGCGUGGAACCAGUGGAAGGGCACUUAUCAUCUAAGCAUGAUCAUGUGCUACGCCAGUUUCAUUGCUGCCGUAUGGAAGAUGUACACCUUCCCUGCCGACUGGGGCUACGGCCUGGUCUUGCUCCGGCAUGUCCUGGGCGCAGGGCUUAUUGGCUUGCAGAUCUGGACAUCCGUCAGCAUCUACGAGUCUCUCGGCGAGUUCGGAUGGUUCUAUGGCGACUUCUUCUUCGAGGGAGCCCAUAAGUUAACGUACAAUGGUAUUUACCGCUUCCUGAACAACCCCGAACGUGUGCUGGGUCUGGCCGGUGUCUGGGGCGCUGUCCUCAUCACAAGUAGUGGAGCAAUCACGUUUCUUGCCCUUCUAAGCCACAUCCUUAGCCUGGCCUUCAUUCAAUUUGUCGAGCGGCCGCACAUGCAGAAGCUCUAUGGCCAGAGCCUGCGACAGGAUGCGGGGUUGGUCAAGAGCCUGAAGCGGACUCUGCCCCCAACUCUGCGGCAGCUUCAUGGAAGCGUCGACAAGAUCUUCGAUGAAUCCUUCGAGUUUAUUGAGGAUCUGAUCGACACCGCGCGCCCCAGACUUGCCGCCGGUGUCAAUACCUUCGUCAAGGAUACGACCGCCCUUUUCCAGAAGUACCCCGCUCGUGUGACCAUCUCCCGAAUCGACGAGGACCUUGCUGGAUUUGAUUCGUGCAACUAUACCCUGGAAGUGGAGGGCGGUGGUUCCUCCUUGCUUGACGAAUGCGACUACGGGAGCGGGAGGGAAGGGGCUGACGCUCGCGUGCCUCUUGAUCGGCGAGGUGACAUGAAGAACCUGGUGCUUGAAUACGGCACGCCAAUCAAGGUCAAAUGGACGGCCCCCAUCAACCACUGCAAGAAGGAUUGGAUUGGCUUGUACCGAGUCACUGACAACACUUCUCGCGAGGUCACGCGGGUCUCCUCUCAAGGCAGAUGGAUUGCCACGAAUAACGGCUCCUACGACAAUCUUACCUGCGAGAAGGGCAUUGUGACCAGCGAUGUAGUGGCCAAGGACGACGAGAAUCGCGAUAUCGCCACCGGCGAGGCCAUCUUCUCUGGCGACAAGCUCUUCUGGACGCAGGGUGUCUUCGAACUCCGCUACCACCACAACGGCAAGCAUAAUGUCAUGGCCAUUACGAGACCAUUCGAGAUUCGCAUCCGGCGCUUCGACGAAGAGUCAUUCGAGGACAGCCAGGCCUCUGUUGAAAAGAGCCUGUUACCUGUCGUCCGCCACUGCUUUGACCUAGACCCAGAGAUCGCGCCGGAAACCGUCGAAGAGCAAUUCGGAAGUCUGGUCGAGCGAGACGGUAAAUUCGCCAAACGAGUCGUGUUUGCCGUCCAUCAGAUGUAAGAUUCCUGCCUACCUACCUACCUAUCUAUCCUGUUCAGCGACCUGCACUGUUGCCUUUUAUAUAUAUACUAACCUGUAUGUACUUCAGGUUCGGUAUCGAAUUCGCCCCCGAAGUCGUGCGCGCAGAUGGAACCGUUCGCAACCUGGCUUGGAGAAUAUGUAAUGCGAAGAGGGUUCUGGUAUGAACUACACUACUACCCUACCCUGCACCACAUGGCUGGUUGUCUCGGCGCCGUUCUAACAUUAUAUAUCCGUGACAGGCUCCUUACAGCAUGACUAGAGAUGGUGCUACAACGCCGACUGAGAGGCACGAGGGUAAAGCAGAAGCAUGAAGAGCAGAGGGUUGUUGAGAU